AUGUUGCCUUACGGGGCAGAUCAAGAGCUUGAUCGCAUGGUCACUCAGCAUUAUAUACUUAGAACUGCAUUUGGUUCUGACUUUGCUGCUCCAGUUAACAACCUAACGAAGCGGCCUUUUAAACCAGGCAAGAAUGUUGUUGUGCUCGACGUAGGUUGCGGCUCUGGUAUAUGGACAAUGGAAAUGGCAACUCAAUUUCCACAUGCUCACUUCAUUGGAAUUGACAGACAAGCAACCUAUCCUAAAAAUAUUAAACCCAAAAACUGCCACUUUAAGCAAUUCAAUAUUGAUCAGUCGCAUAUUCAAUUACCUUUUGAAGAUGCUAGUGUUGAUUACAUUUUCCAGCGCGAUAUCAAUUGGGAUUUGCUUGAAUCCAGCUGGUUGCCUUUAGUACAAGAAUUUUUCAGAGUUCUGAAGCCUGGCGGAUGGAUUGAGUUAGUUGAACCUGAAAUUGAGACUUAUAGCAGCAAUCCUAUUUAUCACGACUACAUUGCAGACAAACUGGUGGAUUCAUUUUAUGAAAGAGAUCAAGACCCUUUUGUGUCCAAAAGACUAUCUUCUUUUAUGGCAGAAGCAGGUUUUCGAAGAAUCCAAAGUGAAUUUCAAUCGUUACCUCUCGGAUGGGGCUAUCAAAAACUCUCAGCAGCCAAAAAGCAAAUCACUUUGCACAACAUCAGAGAGAACUGUCAAGCUUACUUGCGAUGCUCCGAAUUUGCUAGAGCAGCAGCGAAUCAUCAUCUAGAUUUGCUCAAAUCAUUACAAAGAUGGUUUACGCAAGAACAACAGAUGAGUAUCGCAAAGUACGACUCUUACGUCCAGCAUUUACCUGAUGUAUGGUUCACAUCCAAAGCUUAUGUAAAUUGGCAUCGCUCUUUUGCUCAAAAACCUUAUAUUUAA